AUGAAGUUUGGGAAGGAGUUCAGGAUCCACCUGGAGGAGACGCUGCCGGAGUGGAGGGACAAGUUCCUCUGCUACAAGCCCCUCAAGAAGCUCCUCAAGUCCAUCCCCGUCCCCGUUCCUCCUCUGCGCCCAGGGCUCGCCGACCCCGAGGGAGACGACGCCGACAACCAGUGGGCGCAUCUGCCGGCCGCACCGGACUCAGCCGCCCCGCCGGCGGCCGUGGAGGAAUGGUUCGUGGGGAUUCUCAACGAUGAGCUCGACAAAUUCAACGAUUUCUACGUCGACAAGGAGGAGGAAUUCGUCAUACGCCUCCAGGUGAUCCCAUCAAACCACCAAGGAUAGCCUCGAAAUGGCUCGGGAAUACCUACCUGUUCCUCCUUAUUCAUCUGCCUUUCUUCUCUUCUCGCCCUAAUUUUCCCUUUUGAAUGCAUCGCCCUCGCCGGAAUUUGCGAUCUCUUGCUUCAUCCUGGGAGUUUGAAGUCUCCCCUUUCUGGGAAGAUCAAAUGGUCGGAGAGCGAACCAUUUCGCUUGUUCAUCGAUUCCUUUGAUUCGAUUCCAGGCCCAGCGCUGUCCUCUUUCUGUUCUUUCUCUAUAGAGAAAACCUCCAGCGCGCAGUGGAAUAUAUAAACUCCAAUUCGAAACAUACCGCUUCAUUCAUGUAUUCCCAGUGUUGAAUCGACUCCAUCCUCGUCUGAAUUCGUCUCCGAAUAUUCUGUGAUUUCGCUGCAACGAGCCGUACAUUCUUUUUCUUCUUCGACGCGAUCUGGGUUCUGCCAGUUUUCAUUGAACUUCUGCGAUCAUCGGGGCUCCACGGCUUGCGCCCAUGGAGACUUCCCGGGUGACAAGCAAAGACUGGAACUGGUUCCUCACAGAAGAAAUUAGCAACUUACCUACCGUCUCUUGCCUCAUACAUACCCCCUCAGGGCAGAUGAAUCCCAUGCUUUUCCCACCGCAGCAGUUACCCUUUUUUUCCUCUCUGGAAGAAAAAUCUCGAUUUCGGUGGGUGACCCUCAAUCCCCCUGUAGCCAUUUUCCCCCGGCUCUAGUCUUUCAUCUUCGCAGUUUCUGCGAGGCCUCCAAAAUAUCCUGAAGACUUUCGGGUUUCCUUCAUCUUGAUCUGUCUCGACUCCCCAGGACCUGAGGCAGCCCAAGAAUCCUCACAGAAAGCAACCCCCCGCCUCUUUGAAUCGCUUCUGAAAUUGAAAAACUUGUUUCAAAUCUCAUUUCGUGGAGUAUACCGUUCGUCAUGCUCUAUUUCACCGAGUCUAUCUGCUUCAUCUUCUGGGAGGCCCUUCCUCUGUCACGUCUGCCGCAUAAGUUUCAAUCGACACUGUCUGACGCUCAUCAAGAAAUGCAGCCUCGAAAGCUACUUUCUCUGUCUUGUUAAGUUCCAGAAGGUCAUAAGCAGAUACUGCCUGGUCUUUUUCAAUCCAGAUGCCUAAAUUUCUGGAGCUGCAGUUCGUCUCGUCUCGUCUGAAAUAAUAAUAAUAAUAAUCCUCAUUCUGCGAGCGCCAGUUGGGAUAUUGUUUGAAGUCUGAAGCAGCUAACCAUCAGUCUUCACUAGCUGUAUGGACACAUCAUGGGUCGAUUGGAUCUAAAUCAGGCUUAUUUUAUUUUACACAAUUUGUCGCUGUUCAUGAAUAAUUAUUCGCUUUUACUUGUAUUAUUUUGACUCAAAAGAUAUUGUCGGGUGUUUCGAUAGAAAUGGUGGAUCUUGUGCAACUUCCUAGGUUACGAACCCAGAGCCAGGGCUCUCCGUUGACCGAAUUUCUAUGAUCCUCCAUGGGAAACAGCGGCCCAGCGCUAUGAACCAGUGACCAGUUCGCGACGUGGAACUUCUGAUUGAGCACAUUGCAAUGAUUUUUAGUGUUUGGUUCUAGUCCAGUGUUCUCGGUGCGACUGAUUCAUCAUGGGCUAGAGCUUUCAAUACGUUUCUGCCUGGAGAUCUUCUUCCUGUGUGAACUUUAGCCCGAAAUUUCCUCGCACGAUUUCAUUUUCCGGUCGGUCAGUUUUUCAUUAAGAAAAAGAUCCUCUGCCUGGAAGAAUCGAUGGCGUUCUUCCCGGGACAAGCUCGGGGCCCCGUUCCCCGCCAGAUAUCGAAGAGCUUUCUAAAACUGGACGUAUUGAAUGUCUGUAAAUUUGUGUUGUGUUCUGUGGAUUUAUCGUCGGAACGUAUAGAUUUGGCUGGGUCUGCUCUGAUAUGUGGGGUCGCAGGAGCUCAAGGAGAGAAUCGAAGGAGUGGGGGCCCAGAUUUCGGAGAGCAGUCUCAGCGAAGAGAUGCUGGAGAUCCGCAAGGCCUUUGUCAGGAUCCACGGAGAGAUGGUGCUCCUGAAGAACUACAGCUCCCUCAAUUUCAUGGGUAUCCCCUUCUCCUUCUUUUCUCUAUUCUCCCUCUUCUUCCUCUUCCUCUUCCUCUUCCUCUCCUCCUCCUCCCUCUUCCUCUUCUCCUUCUUCCUCUGUAUUUUCUUCACGUUCCUCUCCUUCUUCCUACUCUUCUUCUCCCUCUCCAUCCUCAUACAGUCCAGGUGUGUCUUCUUGCAGGCCUGGUGAAGAUACUGAAAAAGUACGACAAGAGGACGGGCGGGCUGCUACGGCUGCCCUUCAUCCAGCGGGCCCUCCGCCAGCCCUUCUUCUCCACGGAGCCGCUCACCCGGCUCGUCCGUGAGUGCGAAGCCAACCUCGAGCUCCUCUUCCCUCUCGAGCCAGAGGUCCUCAACUCCGGCGCCGCCGCCCCGCUCCGCCACCCGUCCCCUUCCCCGCCGCCGCGGCCGUCGGCGGAGGCCUCUGGCGACGCCCAGCACGGCACCGUCGACGUCUACCGCAGCACACUGGCCGCCAUGAGGGCAAUCCAGGGCCUACGGCGGGCCAGCUCCACCUACAGCCCGCUCUCCCUCGCCCAGUUCUUCCGCGACGGAGACGACGGCGGCGCCGGCGACGUCACCACCGAGAACUCCGUCUCCAACUCCGCCGCCAGCAACGAACCCGAUUCAGAGCCCGCCACCGCUACCCCCGCCAACUCUUCCAGCAGCUAG